AUGCCGAGCGCAACAGCCUCGGGGGCCGACACGGGCGGCAACGCCGCCCGCAACCGCGAGCACAACCAGGGCAACCAGGGCCGCAGCUACACGGUGGAGCAGAAGGCGGCGGUGCUGCGGAUCCGCAAGUGCUCGCCGACGGCCUUCUACGACAUCCUCGGGCUCGAGGACGUCAAGACGACGUGCUCGGACGGCGAGAUCAAGAAGGCGUACCGCAAGCAGAGCCUGCUGACGCACCCGGACAAGAACGGCCACGAGCACGCCGACGAGGCCUUCAAGAUGGUCAGCCGCGCCUUCAGCGUGCUGGGCGACAAGGAGAAGAGGGAGAAGUUCGACCGCUUCGGCACCGACCCGGACUCGCGCUUCGGGCAGGCGCAGGCGCAGAACCCGUUCAGCGGGUUCGCGCAGCGGCAGAGGGGCGGCGGGGGAGGCGGCGGGGGAGGAGGCGGCGGCGGGAUGGAGGAGAUGACGCCCGAGGAGAUGUUUCAGCGGUUCUUUGGGGGCGGGUUUGGAGGAGGGCCGUUUGGUGGAGGCUUCGACACGGGGCCGCAGUUCGUCUUCAACUUUGGCGGCGGGCCAGGGUUCCGGGUGCACCAGUUCGGCGGCGCGCGGCCGCGGAGGAGACCGCGCGAAGCCACGGAGCAGGAGGGCGGCGGCAUGUCGACGCUCAUGGGCCUGCUGCCGAUCCUGCUGCUCUUCGUGUUCCCGCUCAUCUCGUCGCUCUUCAGCGGGGGCUCGACGCCGUCGACGCCCAACAUUGUGUACGACAACCCCAAGGGCGCGUACACGCUGCAGCGCAAGACGCCGAACCUGGGCGCGAGCUACUUCGUCAACCCGGCCGAGGUGGAGUCGUACACCAAGGGCAAGCUGGAGAAGCUGGACCGCACGGCGGAGAUUUCCUUGGUGCGCACGCUGCGGUACGAGUGCGAGAACGAGAUGAUGGCGAAGCGGCGCAUGUACGACGCCGCGAGCGGGUGGUUCUUCCAGGACCCGGACAAGAUGCGCAAGGCGGACGAGUACGAGAUGCCGUCGUGUAAGAGGCUGGACAAGUACGGCGUCGGAAGGGGUUGA